GGGAGAGUGGGAGGCAUCCUUCUCCAGUAUUUACAAAGCAACUGAGAGCAGAGGAGAGAGGAGGCUGUGCAGUGUUGCUGUUAAACCAGAGGUCUGCUGCUGCUGCUGCUGCUGCUGCUGCUGCUCUGGACUAAAGGGCCGACAGGCCGGCGAAACACCAGCGCCAUCCUCAUCAACCUGCUGCUGCAACCAGGACUCGACGUGAACUUUUAAUUCUAGCGUGUGUUUUUUUUCGUCAGCAGGAUGUGGUAGUGCAGCCGUGCGUCUGUCAGCGUUUGUUUGCGUGUCUGGUGGCUGCUCUCAGGUGAGCAGGGUUAACUUGAAACCCUCCUGUAAACUGACUCCCUGACUCUGUGUGUGUGUUGGAGAAAUACCUGCCGGGCCGGAGUGUGUACGUUUGUGUGUGUUAUGAGUAAAACAAAUGGCCGGGAGAAUAUAUCACUUGACUUGUGUGUGUGUUUGUGACAGCUUGUGAGCACACACACACACACACACACUCAUAGACACACGUUGGUGCACAUGCGUCAGGAGGAAGUGACAAGUCUGCUCUCGAUCUCCGAUUUCCUGGUCUCCUCUGCGGUGGCACGCACAGCCCUGAAUCUGAGCCGACUUCACCUGUGUGGAGGUCACAGGUGGGACCUCAACUCCGUGGAUGCAGCGGCAGACGAGCACUGACUUUAUCUGGAUGAGUGGAGAUCAGGGAGAAGCUGUUGAACUCUGAUCUGCGGCUCAGCAUCAGCGUCACUUUUGCCCUUUGAAGCAAACCGACACUUCCUGAAGCCGUCACCCUGCCUCUGGGCUGCUCUCCUGGUGCCGGAGGCCACCGCUGGACUGAUCCAUGACCGUCAGUACGGUGAUGACCCCCUCCAUGACCAGCAGUAACAGCAUGAGUAGUGGGUACUGCAGCCUGGACGAUGAGUGUGAAGACAUCACUUUCUUCACCGCCAAGACCUCGUUCUUCCGCAGGCCCAGGAACACAGUGAAGCAAAAUGAAACAAAGGAAGAAGAAGAGAAAGGAACCAAAGAGCUGUCGGCAGAGGAGGUGCACACCAGGAUAGAAGAGUACAACGGACAAGUCAGUGAGAAUGGCAUGAAACUGGCCUCGGACGGCUCCUUCACAGGUUUCAUUAAGGUCCAGCUGAGGCUCAGUCGACCCGUCACCGUCUCCAGUGUGGAGGCGCUGGGUGCAGAGGAAGCGUCCAAGCCGACCGAAGUCCAAAAUCAGCCCCAGUCAGAGGAGCAGGAAGGCACAGACGGCGUGUCGAGUGAAAAGAGAACUUCCUUCUACCUGCCGAGUGACUGUGUGAAGCAGCUCCACAUCAGCUCUCUGACCACCACCAGGGAGGUCAUCCAGGGUCUGCUGAAGAAGUUCAUGGUCUUAGACAAUCCUCAAAAGUUUGCUCUGUACCGGCGGACUCACCGUGACGGACAGGAUCUCUUCCAGAAGCUUCCUUUGAGCGAGCAUCCUCUUCAUCUGAGGCUGAUUGCAGGUCCUGACCCACAGCAACUGAGUUUUGUCCUGAAGGAGAAUGAGACUGGAGAGGUGGAGUGGCACGCCUUCUCUGUUCCUGAGCUACAAAACUUCCUGGUAAUCCUGGAGAAAGAGGAGACGGAGCGCGUGCGGUCAGUGGAGCAGAAAUACGCCGCGUACCGACGGAAACUACAGCAGGCCCUGCAACAACACGACCCCUGACGUCUCACCUGUCACUGGUCUCCAAUCCAGGGAGAGACUGACCAUCUGAAUGAUGACCCCUGAAGACCCAGUGAACUAUUUGGAGACUGGAGCCGGGGUCGAGCUGGUCCCCCCACCCUCCGCAGUCACACACACACAUACACAGAGACGUUCUCAGGACCCCGCCCCUCCACUCAUUGUCCAUACACACCCAGUCCCUCAGUAAAGAAUCAGGGGGUUGUAGGGUGCCUGAGAGUCACCAGGGUGCGCUGUCUCCCCACUGUUGGACGUGUGGGGUUUUCAUUGCCAAGGAUACAGACUCUUCUGUGUGUGAGCUCAUUGAGGACUGAGUGAAUCACUGGUGUUUUUAGAGACUCUGCUGCUGCUGCUGCUACUGCAAGUGUUACUUAUGCAUGGGUGUCUCUUAGCUCAUCCCUCUGCACAUAGAGUUAGAAUAGAAACAGAAGGCAUGAUGAUAUUUUUUUUUCUGCAUCUCCCCCCGGGAUGGAAGGACAAUCAUACUGUGUGUUCCUCUUCUCAGAAGUUUGAUUUAAGAGUUUGUGAUUAAGGCGUCAGAGCUGGAGUUCUGAAUCUCUCUGGCGAGGGUUAUUUGAAAGAUUAAAAAAAAAAAA